CGCUGCGUCCAUGUUUGCUGGAGCCUGAGGAGACGGCGCGGUGUGUGUUUUCAUCGGGAUCGCACAGGAUCGCACAGGAUCUCACAGGGCACGGUACGAGGAGUGUCUCGUUUAGAGGCACCAUCUCUGCUGUGACACGAAGAGACGAUGUGAAGGAGCGCCGAGAGGAGCAGCCCCGGGAUUACAUCGCUGUUCUUGGAGAGCGGAGAAUGCCAUCUCUCUCGGAGCAGCUGCAGGAGGUGCGGAGUCAAACUGAAGUGUGUCUGUACUCUAGCGGCAGGGUGGUGGAGGUGCGCGCUGGGGUCAUGGCUAUGGCAAAUCUGCCUUUACCACCCUGCUCCAAAUACCGCCACAUCGCUGCAGAGUCCAUGGUCAUUGAAAACAGCUUUGGCAGCAACAGAAAGGAGACCCUUGCAUCUCUCCAGCGCUUGUCUACAGCACUGAACAUCCUGGAAAAGUAUGGCUGCAACUUGACAAAUCCCAACAGGCCCAAAUACUGGAGGACUGUGAAACACAACAAUCCAGUGUUCAGAGCCACAGUUGAUGCUAUUCAGGGAGGACGAGCAGUGCUCUGUCUCUAUGGUUACUCCAAUCAGCAGGCAGAUGGACUCAGCUUCCCUGAUGAUGUCACUGAUCCUGAUGUGGGCCGAGUUGCUGCAGUAACACUUGAAGUGAUGAGUCUGAGGACAGAACUAGAAAUGCUUAUCAAGGAGGCUCACCCCCACCCUGAGUUCUACGAGAGAAUCAUUCCUACACUGAGACACAAGGAUGUGGGCCUUAAUACUGAUGCUGUAGUCUACCACUCCUCUGCCACAUCAUGCCACUCUGAUAGUCAGACCAAGUCUCUAGCUUUCCCCGUCCACCACCACUCCCUCAAGGAGAGCAGCCGUGGCCUCUCCCUGUCUUCCAACCACCAAAGUCUCAGGUCCAUUCAAGUCUUUUCCACCUCCUCAAACAAACACCCAGAGAACUGCACUAUCUGUGGAAUAUUCAGAAUCUCUGCCCACUGCCUCACCUGCCUCCAGGGUCUCUGCUCAGAAUGUGACAGACUAUACCACUCCUACACUGAGAGAGCCCACCACCGUCGAACAGCUGUCACAUCAUCGUCAUCAUCAUCAUCAUCAUUCAAAAACAGAAGCAAUCACAGUUCUUCCACAUGGUGUUGCCUUAACUGCACUAAAGUCAACUCCAUCCAGGAUGUGCUGUGUUUGGACUGUGAGCGCCCUCGUUUGGAAUCCAUCAGCUCUAAAGCGGAGGAAUCUCAGUCUACCACAAUCACCGACUGGCAGUGUAAGAGCUGUACAAUGGUGAAUUCUGCCAGCAGUAUUCUGUGUGAGGUGUGUGAAAGACCUCGUUUGGCCACACGACCUCCAAUGACCCCAUCACACCCACCUAUCAACCCUCCAAGACCGCCAGCACCAGUGCUGGGCAUGCCUGGUGACCCCGACAGCCAGUGGGUGUGUCAGUUCUGUACAUAUCUGAACUAUACUCCUGCUACAGUGUGUGACAUGUGUGACCUGGCUCGUCCAGAGCCUGCACCCCUGCCUGUGAAGCUCCGCCCUCCCUCUCCUGUCAGACGGGUCCCUGCCCUGCCAAUCAAACCCAAAGAGCCUGCCCCUGAAGACCUGGACUGCUGGAGACAGAGGCUGAUGAAAGAGGAGGGGCUUAAGCUGAUUCAACUGAUAAGAGAUGGGGAGAAGAAAGGAAUGAGUCCAGAAGAGGUAUACACAAGCAUGAGGGUGGCAGGAGACAGCAGCAUCUUGCCCUACAAGUGGUUAAAGUCAGAGCUUCCUCCGCUGUUGGACCAGAUCAGGAUGUUGGUAGCGGCAUCCCCUAAGUCUGACAAGACUGCAACACAGCACACAAGCAGGUCAAGUGAAGCUCCUGUUGCGGAUGCUGGGAGAGAGGAGAACCCUGCAGAGACAGAAAGUGGGAUCCAGCUGUCCAGAGCAGAGGCUAAGCAAGCCUGGCUGACAGCAGGCGGAGACUCAGAGAGAGCAGCCAGACAAGCUCUGAGAGACAGACUUGCCAAGAUAAAGGAGCUGUGUGCACUGGGCUUCAGAGAAGAGGCUCGCUGCCAUGAGGUUUUGAAACAGAGUGGUGGUGAGGUACGAGGAGCUCUGGCCCUGCUGCAGAGACCCCUGCUGGAGCCCUUCCACAACCGUAUCUGGAGUGAGAAAGCCGAACCUCCAGUAGACAUCCAUCAUCCUGACAAACAGCGGAUAUGUCGUAGGCUACUUGCUGUGUAUGAUCUUCCGAGCUGGGGUCGCUGUGAGCUGGCACUGUCACUUCUUCUGGAGCAUACUGCUUCUUACUCACUGGAGGAUGUCGUGCAGGCUGUACGAGAGUCCCAUGACAGGGAGUUUAUCAGGAGAGUGCUGGCCAAAGAGUGUCCCAUCUGCCUUUCUGUCUUUCCCCACAGCAAGAUGCAGUCUCUAACAUCAUGCCAGUGUUCGGUGUGCUGUGGUUGUUUCCAGCAGCACUUCACUAUCGCUGUAAGGGACAAACACAUCAGGGACAUGGUGUGUCCAGUGUGCUGGGAGCCAAACAUCAAUGAUCCUGAACACCUGAACAGCUAUUUCUCCACCCUUGACAUCCAGCUACGAGAGUGCCUGGAGCCAGAAGUCUAUGAACUGUUCCAUAAGAAGCUGACAGAGCAGGCUCUAAUCAAGGACCCCAAGUUCCUCUGGUGCUGUCAUUGUUCGUAUGGGUUUAUCUAUGAUGGAGACCAGCUGAAGGUUACCUGUUUUCAGUGUCGCAACAGUUUCUGUGCUCAGUGUAAAAAACCUUGGGAGUCUCAGCAUGCAGGUCUGUCUUGUGAACAGUACCAGUCCUGGAAGAGAGAAAAUGAUCCAGAGUAUCAGAAGCAGGGCCUGGCCGGAUACCUCAGAGACAACGGCAUCACCUGUCCAAACUGCCGCUUUCAGUAUGCACUGUCUAAAGGAGGCUGUAUGCAUUUCUGCUGCUCUCAGUGUCGCUACCAGUUCUGCAGUGGCUGCAACAACCCUUUCCACACUACCUGUGCAGUGGACGAAUGCAGUGUCUCAGGACUACACGCCCAUCAUCCCAGGGACUGCCUCUUCUACCUGAGAGACUGGGAACCUUCCAGACUGCAGGCGUUACUCCAGAAGAAUGAAGUGGUGUUCAACACUGAACCCCCUCCUGGAACACAGACAGGUCUAUGUGGAGUGAUAGAGCAGAAGGAUGAGGGGGGGCAGCAGACAGAUUCAGCUUGUGGAGCUCAGACCCAGCAUGGACAUGCUGGACUCUGCGAGAAGCAUUACCGGGAGUAUCUGGUCAGCCUGAUCAACAGCCACUCUAUCGACCCCGCCCCCCUUUACAGCUCCAAUGAGCUGCUACUGGCCUGCAGGCGGUACAAGGUAGACGACACCCGCAAGGAUGGGGAGGACGGCUUCACCUUCUACAGCAGACUGCUCGAGAAAUUGAUGGAUGAAGUACCGCUUGGCGACAAGGUGCCACGCAAAAAAUGAAUGCAACAACAUGGUUUCUCAUUUCCUGGGGUUAUGUCGACUUUUUCACUUAAAAUUCAGCUACAAGAUACAUAAUGACAACUGUUUUCUUUUUCCUGUAAUGGUGUAAAUACAGGAUAGGGGCAUCUCUAGACACACAAAUGUCCUUUCCUCUGGACAGUGUUGUUUUCUGUGCCAUUUUAAUUAGCGUUUGUGAAAGAAAACAUAACAAUAUGGUUUAAAUACUGUUAAGGUACCUUAGAGGCUUAAUCCUCUCAAGUGAAAGCCCAGGAGAUAAAUUCAUCGAAACAACAACUUCCCACAAUCAGGGGUCUCUAUGAAUUUAGUCUUGAUCUAUGUGAGUCACCUGCCUCCGCUGAGUCUUAACAACACUGAUGUUAAUUGUUUCAUAAAGUUGGUUAGCAACUGGCUCAGACAGCUCCACUUUACUGAACCAGCCGAGAGCGCAUUCACAUUAAAGACGCACAAGCCAGUCACAUCAACAUCAACACAUAAGUACAGAUUAUUUAAUAUGAGAUCAAAUGUUACCCCUGGAAACCUUCUUUGCUUGUUUGCAGCAUAUUAUGAAACUGCUAUUGAAACCAAGUGCAGUACACUUCAAGUGAAGAAAGUAAAGAAAGUAAUCCUUAAUGAGGUGGAUAUACCUUUUUUUUUAUCUACAGUCAUCAUCUCAGUGUUUCCUGAGAUAGGAUUUAUUAUGGGUGCCUAGCGGUGCGAGCACUACUAGGCGCAAUGCAUAGCACUCAUAUUGUUAUUCCACGAAGUUUAUUUAUAACUGUUACUUUGCAGACUUCAGAGGUUUACAUUAGUGAUGAUGUCACAGGUGAGACUUCCCUCUGACGACUCUUGUGUCAACCAUGAAUGGUGCCACUCCUGUUAGCUGAUCCCCCUGCAGCUCCUCUGCAGGCAUGUUGGGUUAGUCUUUCUGUCCAGCAUACCUGCAACUAGUAUUUUUGGUCUUCCAGAACUUGUCUUACACAGUGUAGCACUUUGAUAUAUUUUAAUGUCCUGUUAAGAUGCCCCAGCCACCUUAAAUACUUUACUCUCUUCACCCUGUGAUCUCAUUAUAUGGUACUACUCAAAGUUCAUGGACCAUUAUUUUACCUCACAGCUCCUCAUAAAUACCUUAAUGGAAAACAAGUCCAGGACGUCUGAGUGUAAUGAAAGUAGAAAGGUUCCCCAAACCUUUAUACAUGCCACAAUUUGUGUUUUAGUUUUUUUAUUUAUUUAAUGAAAUUAAAACUAAGAUUCCAACAUUUAAAACAGUGGUAUGUUUUAAUAAUUGUUAAAUUUUCGACCAAAAUCAUUCUAUUGUUGUUUUUAUUUAUUUGAGUUCACAGCUGGCUCCAUUAAAAGCAUCCCCUUGAUCUGUUAUGUCAUUGUUAUGGAAAGCAAAUGUCUCAUGCUUUUGUUACAUGCCACUUUAUUGUUAACUCUGCUGUUGUUUCUGUCAGGAGCUUGUAGGAUGCUGAUGUGAUUGGCUCAAUAGUCAGCAGGUGUUGAUCUGAUCCUCGGAACUGAACAUGAUGUUAGCAGUGCAGCACAGGUUACCAUGGUGAUCUAUCCCCAGUUAAAAGUGAGCCAGCUUCUUGAUACAGAAAACCUGAGAUAAAACCAAAGAUAGCUUGAUCUCACGCAUUAAAUCUGUGUUUUUGCUGUACAUUUUAUGUUUUAAUUAUUGUGUGUAAAAUAAAAUAAAAUAAUAGUGCAUAUUUAUACUUGAUAUGUGAGUAUUGUAUCAGUUGGUACACACCUGGUAUUAACAUGUGUUUUUUAUGAUCCGAUCUCAAGUGGACAUCUCUAAGUACAGGUGUUAACGCAUUCAGAUAAGAUAGCGACCCGAUCACGCCCGGGGGUGGUCUGGGCCACGUGUCCGCAUUCUUUUAUCAGUGUGAAAGCAAAUCCAUCCUUGGCCACAUAAGAAGGACCUUCUACACGGCUGCUGUCCUCUGAGCCGCUGCACCUUGAAUAGAUCAUAUUUUUUCUCUUCUCGUUGAUUUGUUUGUGCCACUGCCACAAUAUCAACACUAAUCACCACAUAAUCGUAAGUGGUCUGUAUGUAUAUAACGCUGUCCUAGUCUUGAUGACCACUCAAAGCACUUUACAGUACAGGUUAUUGCCAUUCACCCAUUCACACAUACAUUCAUAGAGUGCAUCUAUGGGCAACUAUGGAUUUGGGGUUUAGUAUCUUGCCCAGGACACGUCGGCAUGAGGAUGAGGAAGACUGGGAUCAAACCACCAACCUUCUGUUUAGAGGACCACCACUCUACCCCCUUAUUCACAGCCACCCACAUAAUGAUUUCUUUUAAUCUUCAUUAAAUUGGUAAAAUCUUUCUUCACAGCUGCACAAGAUUCAUUCAGACUCUCCUGACUACCUCUCUUUCUUUCUUGCGCUUGCUGACACACACACACACACACACACACACACACACACACACACACACACACACACACAUCUGUAGUCUCAGACUGGCUCAAAACAACAUUUUGGUCUUAACUAACACAAAUGACUUGGGGAAGUGAGCCAUUUGUUAUCGAAUCUCUCAGGACAGAUGUUAAUACCAGGUGUGUACGGGCCCUGUAUUAAAGUUUUACAGUCGUUUAUAGAUAGGAUUUUGUCUUGCAUAGCAUUAGAUCCUGUGCUUGUGAUAAUAUGCAGCAGUAUGACACUUGAUGAAUGUGAACUCAUGUUUAACAGGUUUGUAACUUGUUGAUGUGUAUUCCUUUGAAUAUGCUGUUAUAACUGUGUUCUGUACUAUGUCAAAAUAAAUGUCAAUGGUUUACUUCUUUCA